AUGUCAGGCUCAGUCAACAGAUCCAACAGCUUCCAAAAAGCAGAUAGCAUGGAUGCCAAGGAAACUUCCACAGUCGACCGAAAGUGGGUUGCCCUAACGGCGUACCAACCCGUGGACGUCGUCACCAAAACGGUUGAAGUUCCCGUUAUCAAAACGGUAGAAAAAUUUGUCCCAAAAACAAUCAUUCAAGAGAAAAUCAUCCACGUGCCUAAGAAUGUCACCCACAUUGUAGAAAAAAUCGUAGAGGUACCAGAAGUUAAGUAUAUAGAAAAAAUUGUUGAAGUGCCACACAUUCACUACAAGAAUAAGUACGUGCCCAAAAUUGAAGUUGUAGAGAAGGUUGUGGAGAGACAGAAAAUUAUCGAAAAAUGGCAUGACAAAAUUGUGGAAGUACCUCAAAUUAAGGAAGUCGUCAGAUUUAAAGAAAUUGAAGAUGCUGAGGAAGUUAUAAAAUACAUUCCAAGAAACUCAAAAAAUAUUAACUGGGAAGAGGAGUACCAGAAGUACACGCAACGAAAGGGACAAGAGAGAUACAGCUUGGAUAACAACGCCUAUCAGCAGAAGAUGAGCUCCUACAAUGACUAUAAUGAGAAGGCGUACUCGCAAAAUGCCUACAGCAGAAGUCUAGAUUUUAUGAACAAGCAAUCUUCCAGCCUAAAUAAUCAGAGCAAUAUCAGGAGCGAAGAUUUUUCCCAAAUUAAUUUCUUCAACCAGUACAUCGGAAGUGCCGGGGCAAGUUACGACAAGCAGAGAAACAGCGUCCCCACCUCCAGCUUCGACGCGCGCGGCAGCUUGCAGUUGAAGAGAAUGCCCUCCGAGGAGGCCAAGCCCGUCGGCUGCUGCACCUCCGCCUGCACUUGAGCGGUUAGGCGGGUUGGCGGCAGGUCGGUCGGCUGGCCGCAUCCCCUUUUUAUCCACAUUUCGAUACCCCCCGUUGUAUGAUGAAGCGCAUCGUGGGAAGCUUCUGCGCGUCGCCCCUUUUUGUGUGCAACUGUGACGGCGAAGCGGCGUCGUAGCGAGGCUGUCCAGACGUUCAGACGUUCAGACGCUCAGACGCUCAGACGUUCAGACGCUCAGACGCUCAGACGUUCAGACGCUCAGACGUUCAGACGUUCAGACGCUCAGACGUUUUUACGACGCU